AUGCUUCUGUACCAGCUCCUGUUGGCUGCCAUCGUGGCUCUGGUAGCAAGUAGCGAGUGUUUCACUACUGCUUCAGCUGGCAAUACGCGCAGUUUACUGUCGUUCGAGGAAGUCUACAAUGAGGAAAAAUUAACAAAGGAAGAGAGAGUAAGCGCGGCUGCCAAGGCGGCUGCAGAAGGAGGCCGUGUUGGAGCUGGCGGUACAAUUCUUUCCAACAAUAACAACGAUGGAGGCACUGUGACGGUGACAGUCUACAACAACAAUGGACUUUGGCAAAGAAUCAAGAGGUGGUGGUUGAAGCUGAUUUCCAACGAGGAAAGAGCGAGCUCGUCUAGCGCUGUCACGUCGGGCGAAGGUGGCCGUGCAGGGGCAGGAGGAACCAUCGUGUCGUCCAGCAACGGCAACGGAGGUGGCACCAUCACGAUAUCGAUUUUCAACAACAACGGACUUUUCCAAAGGCUCGUGCGCUGGUGGAAACAACUCUGGGGUCAUCAGGUCCCCACCACGAUCAGUACCUCGACUACAACUCACCUUCGACAAUAA